AUGUCACAGGCAGGAGACAAGUUUUCUCAAUACAAAAUAACAAUAUUCGUGUGCAUAGCAGCUAUGGGUGUCGGAACCGCCAUCGGUUGGACUUCAAACAUAACAGUAGCCCUCAAACUCGGUUACCUCAACGACAUAGAUAUGACCGACGAUGAAAUAUCUUGGACGGGUUCCACGAUGAAUCUAGGAGCUGUAUUCUCAUGUCUACCCGUGGGAUUUCUCGUGGAUAAAAUCGGAAGAAAACCAACCUUACUUUGGUCCGUGAUACCUUUCCUGCUAGGCUGGUUAAUUAUCCUGCUAGGGACUAAUAUGACAAUAAUUUAUAUAGGAAGAUUCCUUAUUGGUUUAUCUUGUGGUAGUUAUAGCGUCGCGGUGCCUUUGUAUAUAAGCGAAAUAGCUCAUAGUAGUAUACGAGGUGCGUUAGGUACAUUUUUUCAACUAUUUAUAACUAUAGGUAUUUUUUAUUGCGGGGUAUUCGGAUACGGUAUGCCGUUUAUACCGUACGUCACAACAUGUUUUUGUAUACCUGUUAUCGUCGGUAUUAUAUUAUAUUUUCAACCGGAAUCUCCGGUGUACGAUCUCAAAACAGAUCGUCUGGAAAGAGCUGAUGAAACUUUUUUGAUAUUGAGGGGAGAGAAUUUCGAUUUCGACGAUGAAAUCGAUGAAAUUUUAAAGGAGUUCGAUGACAAUAUAGAUAUAUCUUUUUGGAGUAAAAUUAGUACUAAAUCUAUGAGGAAAAGUAUGAUUAUAUGUUUGAUGUUGAUGUUUUAUCAACAGUUAAGUGGUUAUUGCCCUGUAAUGUUUUAUUCCCAAGAAAUUUUCAAACAUUCUGGUUCUACGAUCGAUGAUUCUUAUUGUGUGAUUAUUCUUCAAAGUAUUCAAGUUCUUGCUACUUUUGUUUCCACUGUCACCAUCGAUAGAUUCGGGAGGAAAGUACUACUUGUUCUAUCUGGGGUUUUCAUGACUAUUUCUAUGGGUUUUAUAGGGUUGUAUUAUUCUUUGAAAGAUCGUCGUAUAUUAGACGAAGAUAGUAUUAAAUUUCUAGGUUUUAUGCCAGCUGUAUCGUUGAAUGUUUUCAUCAUAGCGCAUUCUACGGCUUUCGGACCAAUACCCUGGAUAGCCGCUUCGGAAUUUUUCUCUCCCACAAUCAAACCCAGGUGUAUAGCUCUUAUUGCUAGUUUUUACUGGUUUUUAGCUUUAGUAGUCACUAAAUUUUAUUUUUAUUUUAACGAAGAUUUAGGGGCAGACGUUACUUCUUAUAUUUCUUGUUUAAUAUCGUUUACUUCUAUAUUUUUCGUUUAUUUUGGCGUACCUGAAACGCGAGGAAAAACUUACAAUGAAAUACAGGAUCUAUUAUUCACAUAA